GAUCACGUGACUAAGUUUGGACCAGGAAGUGCGGUGUCUGAUCCAUCGUAAUAACAAAACAAACCAAGACGAGACUGUUGGGGGGCUGAUAGUUAGUUUUCCUGUGAUCACCUGGAAUCAUAAUCGUCUCGACAUGGAUGAAACACUCUUCCAGCUCAAGUUCACUGCCAAGCAGCUUGAGAGAAUGGCCAAGAGGGCAGAGAAGGAUUCAGAAAAGGAGCAAGCCAAGGUCAAGAAGGCUUUGCAACAGAAAAAUGUGGAAUGUGCCAGAGUUUAUGCAGAGAAUGCUAUCCGAAAAAAAAAUGAAGGUCUCAAUUUUCUGCGUAUGGCGUCUCGAGUGGACGCAGUAGCCUCUAAGGUCCAGACUGCUGUCACCAUGAAGUCAGUUACCAAAAACAUGGGCCAGGUGACCAAAGCUCUGGACAAAGCUCUGGCCUCCAUGGAUCUUCAGAAGGUCUCUGCAGUCAUGGAUAAGUUUGAAACCCAAGUCCAGAACCUGGACGUCCACACCUCAGUGAUGGAGGAUUCUAUGAGUUCGGCAAUGACGCUGACCACGCCUCAGGAGCAGGUGGAUGACUUGAUUCACCAAAUAGCAGAGGAGAAUGGCCUGGAGGUGAUGGACCAGCUCAGCCAGCUGCCUGCAGGAGCCGGCUCAGUGGGCGCAGAGAGCUCACGGAGCCAGGACAAGGAGGACCAGCUGUCUCGACGGUUGGCUCAGUUGCGGAACUGAGGGCUCCUCCAGGAGAGGUGACGGCGCUUACAGCUGUGCGGAAGCAGACAAGUUUAAUGACGCGACAGGAGCUGCGUGUGUUUCUAUUGAACUGUUCCUACCGGGAGGACUUAAUGAGCCUAUCGAUUACCAUCCCCCUGCUCUAUAAAUACACACACACACCGGCUAGAAAUAAACCACCUGAGAAGGCAUGGAUCUCUGUCUGGUUCACCUUCGCAUUUCGAUCCAUCUAUUCCCGUUUCCAUCUUCCUUUCUAAUUCCCCACUGGGUCUCAUUUUACCUUUAACAUCUCCUUUUCUCACUCCUUUUUUCUCCCUUAACACCACCUCCUCCUCCUCCUCCUCCUCCUGUGGCUCUGCUCACCAGUUCUCAGAUCACAUGCUUUUGGAUGUAUGCUUUGUACAAAAAAACAACACAUUUUACAAACUGUAUGAUUUACAAUGAAGACAAUGAAAAGGUUUUAAUAAGCAGUUAUUGUUUUGAUUAUAAGGGAGUCUGGGCAUCCCUGACUCUCAUAUGGUGCAGGGUGGGUUAAAGAUAUAUCGACAUGUUUUUACGUUUUUUUGAGGCUCUGUCAGUCACAGAUGGUUUAAAUGGGUGGAUCUGUUGGGAGGAAGGAGAUGUAAAUUUGAUGGGGAAAAAAUAUCAGUUUUUACAUUUUGGGAUUGGACAUUUUUUAAGUUAAAAACAGACAUGUUGGUAACACUAAUCACUCCAUCAGAUUCAUCCAAGCAAAAACUGCUUUGUGACAUUAUUAUAACACUGUAUACAACGAAGGACAAUCCUCAAACCUUUUGUUUCUCAGCGUCAAAUGGAAUUUUUUUUGUGUUGUAUUUUCUUUUUAUUUAGAUUUGCUGUUGAUUGUUUCUCAUACUUGUAUUCAGACUUUUUGCUUUGAACGCCUUAUUUGGGAUGCAGGUGCUUGCAUAGAUGCUUCCCCCCCUCAGUGCCUGAAUAGGACAGUGGUUUUAAAAACUGAACAGCAGCAAACUGAAACUCAACAUUGGUCACAACGAGGAAUUUUGCGUUCCUCUUCCUGCCAGACAAGCCUGAGAUGUUUCCCUCAUGUUCUUAGCCAACUUCAGUUCAACGCUGGCUGUGAUGAGUGUGAGCUGUCACAGGGGGACAUUUAUUAUCUUUUUAAAUCUGCGGAGUGAAGUUGCCUGAUCUCUUGAAGCUCUCCCCCAGCAACACUGAAACCUCACACAGAUAUUUUUGGAAGCUUCUCUAUCUCAAAAUAAUCACCCCCCACCUGUCUCAGUCCCAAACCAAACACUUUCAGGAGAAGACAUCUUUUUAGGGCAGGGAUGUACAUGCUGGAUCUUUUUUUUUCUUUUUUCAUUUGACAAGUAUCAGUGUCUACCCCUAAUUUGCCUUGUACACCAUGUAAACAGUGGCAACAGUGUGAGUUAACAGAAAACAGGUUCCUUUUCUUUAGUUUUUUUGAGAUCAUAGCUCCAUAUUGAGAUGGCUGUUAAGAGAUUUCACUGGUUUUGAUGCUUCCAUCUUUGAGUGUUCAGUGUCAGUGAGAGGGCAGACAGGUUGAAGCCUGACCUCAACCUCUGACAGAGCAGCUUCACCCUCUGAUGUUAUCCGUUUUUUGUCCAUUGUAAUACAGGGAGGGUUUAUUUUUACUCAAAGUUCGGCAGACUUUGCAGCACUUUUGUUUUCUAUAUUUAUCUUGUGGGAAAUAAACUCUUGCCCUCUGA